UCUCCCAUUCGUGCUUAUUGCCUUCUCUUCUUUUUUCUCUCUCCCCUCAUACUUUUUAGUCACUGUAUUUGCAGGCUUACCUGCUAUCUGUCUCCUCCUUCUAGGGUUUAAUUUUCUCUCUACAAAAGGAAAAAAUUCAAACUCUAAUAGCUGCCAUAUGCUCUUACGAGAAUCAAGGUACAUAGCUUUAAAGACUUUGCACUACCGAAAGGAAAAUUAAGGUGGAAUGUCGGAUACUCUUUAAAAGGCAGCACAGUAAGUUUCCAAUAUGUGCUACUGUUUAGAUGGAAAUUAAAUAAACUGUCACUCAUGAUAUUAGGUCAUGUACAUAUACAGUUGUAGUAAUCGGUAAGGGGAUAAUAAUCAAGUAGAUCACAGUAAGUUCAAAGAAUUUUGGCACUACCUUUAUGAAUAUUCAAUAUCCCAUUAUUAGUGUGACAGUGUGUUUUAGUAAAUUGAGCAAUCAAGAUUACUAAGCAUGAUCAUAUUUCUUAUCCAGCCAGAUUAAAGUUUCCUUGUGUUUCAUUUGUCCAAAUAAAGGGCCAUGUGAUUAGACUCGAAGGAGAGUUUCUUAUUAGGUUCAUGGCUAUGAUCAUUUGAGGCUUUUGCUAAUUUGCUCCAUAUUUAUUAAUGAGUAUAACAUAUUUGACUUCUCUGUCAAGGAUUUUUCACAUUAAAAAAACUGUCAGUCUCCCUUAAACUUUAAUCAAUUUUAGCUGUUCAUUUUUUCUUCACAGUUACAAACUAGGUAACCUGGAGCAAGAAAAAGGUGGAGAAUUGGUCGUCCCAAACAUACAAGAAAUUGGGUGCUAGAAAAAUUACUAGACAACUGCUUGACAGUAUUUGGUUGGACAAAUUGUUCAUUGGACUUUUGCUCCACUGUUAUGCGUAUGCUGUGAUCAUAUGAAACAUAUUUCUGCAGUCCCUCAUCCUACAAUCCUUAGAUUAAUUAGUGUCAUGAUUUCUUGUCACUUGUCCUUGAGGACUCACCUUAAUUACCACGGAUAAUAUAUAUAUAGAGAGUGAAGGUGUAGGAAAGACUAUUUCAUUAAAUUAGUCAAGGUGUAAACAGUAUUAACUAAGAUGCUACUUUAAGUUCAAAUUAAAGUCACACAAAUUUGUUUCAUUAGCAGGAAAGUGUUCAGAAGCAAUCAAUUAAAUGGCUUCUUCCAGCAGCUAUUCUAAUCCCCCAUGUGCAGCUUGCAAAUUCUUGAGAAGAAAAUGUUUGCCAGAUUGCAUUUUUGCUCCCUAUUUUCCUCCAGAAGAACCAACAAAAUUCCCCAACGUACACAAAAUAUUUGGUGCUAGCAACGUAAGUAAACUCCUCAACGAAAUUCAACCUCACCAGAGAGAAGACGCAGUUAAUUCUCUUGCUUAUGAAGCUGAAGCACGUAUGAAAGAUCCAGUUUAUGGCUGUGUUGGAGCCAUCUCAGUUCUACAAAGACAAGUUAUAGGCCUUCAGAAAGAACUCGAUGCUACGAAUGCUGAUUUAAUGCGAUAUGCCAAUCGUGAAGUUAAUAGUUCAUAUGCGUAUAAUAGUCAAAUGGUGAAUCAACAAAGGAAUUUGAAUUAUGAGAGAAGAUCAAUGGGUUCUGCUGGAGGAACUACUGGAAUUGAUCAAACUAAUUAUGGGUUUUGUAUUCCAAGUUAUACAUGGGACAAUACCAUUUCAGGUAAUCACAACCCUGAGGCAGAUGAUGAUAGUAGCAUGUGAAAUGUCCCAAUGAUAUUUACUAAUUUGUGUGAUGCUAUUGGUAAUUAAUUACUAGGUGAUCAUUAUUAUCGCUCCGUUUUGAAUGGGCAAUUAAAUGCAUCUGUAUUGUACAAAAACUGAAUUAUAUAUAUGGUCGUGA